CUCUUGAGCUUCACGUGCCGCCCGCGUUCACUCCUGUGUACAGAAUCCAAAACAUGGGGAAGAAUAAGAAGGAAAAGGCCGAUAACCCCGACGAAAGUCAGGUUAUUGAAGUAGAACAAGAAGAAAUAAGCUAUGAAGACAAGCUUGAAUACGUCAGCAUCAUCGCCAAACCGAUGGCAUCUAAGAAAUCGGCGGGAAGAAUCUAUAAGUUGAUCAGGAAAGCUUCCCAACAUAAGACGUAUCUCAGAAAUGGUCUUAAAGAUGUCCAAACCAGGAUUAGGAAAGGCGAGACAGGAAUUGUGAUAUUUGCUGGAGAUGUUUCACCCAUUGAAGUGAUGUGCCACCUCCCUGCAGUUUGUGAAGAAAAACAGCUGCCAUACAUUUACACACCUUCUCGACAAGACCUUGGAGCUGCAAUGGGGGUCAAGAGAGGUUCACUUACUGUUCUUAUUCGUGAAAACGAUAAAUAUCAGGAUCUUUACGAUAAAGUUAAAGAAGAUAUUAACAAGGUACCAAAGGUUAUUUAGGCCAUCCUUUGGCGAAAUAUAUAGAUUUAUAUCUUUGUUAUGUAUCAGUUAUGCUAUUAAAAAAACUUACUUUGAGAGUACAGUUGGCUGUAUGUGUUUGAAAGAAUUAAUUAAACUUUUCUAAAUAUU